UAGAAAGAGCCAGUCGGCUUGGGACGAAGUGGAUGUCCGUCCCGGACGCCAGCUCAUGUCCGCACGCCCUGCACAGUAUCAGGGUUGCGGGGCUGGUUCUCCCUUCCUCCGCUACAGCAGCACACGCCUCACCAGGCUGAAUGAAAACCCGGGAUUCACCACCGCCGCCGGUUCAUGUCCAUGUACCGGAGACCACACCUGUACAUGUUCAUAUGAGGAGGAGUGUCAGCAGAACCCCACAGCAGAACAGGACAAAAGCUGCCCAGGUGAAGGGAGAGGGAGGGAGGCCAAAGGUCAGGACGCCAUGGAUUCCUCCAGGAAGACUAUCCUGCAGUAGAGGAAGAAGCAGACUGCAGCAUCAAUCAGAAAGUGGAAUCGGACAACAGCGUGAUGCAGAGGAGCAGGAAGAAGACCUGACUGCGGGAUCCAAAAACCUUGAUGUCCUAAUCAGAGAGCAAGAAAACGUUUGUCGUUUAAAGAAAUCAGAUUCUAGGGGCCAACACAGGGAGACAGAUGUGCUCUUGAGGGCGCUCGUAGAAGCAGAAAUCGAUGGAGUAGCAGUAGCCAAUCAGCUGACAGCUCUGAAGGAAACUAUCGACAGUCUCGCUAAGGACAAGCGGCUAUCAAAACUGCACGCAACUUCACUGGGACGGCAGCAGGAGUUGUUGUUAGAGAAGAUAGAGAUGUUUGACAGCACGAAUCACAGCCUUCGUGAGCUCCUCAGAGAGUGGUGUGAAUACGAGAGAGAAUCAAUGGUGUGGUCAGAACAGAGAGAUACCUUAAAGAAGAGAAUGGCCGACAGUAAAGCAGAGAACAUUCGGCUUUUGGCCAAACUCACAAACAAGGAGAAAGAGGCUUCUAAGCUUGCUGAGCAUUUGGACUUUGAAAAGGACAAUGUGAAGACAAUGGAGGAGCUUUCAAGAGUCCUGCAGUCAACCCGUGAGCAUCUGGAAACUGAGCUGAACAGAACAGAAGCUGAGAAGGUCCAUCUGGCUGCUCAGUUGCAUAAGAUGCAGCAGAGCUACGAGCAGCAGCAGGAGGAUCUACAGGCUCUGCAGGAGGAGCUGCAGACUCUGAGGCAGCAGCGAAAGGAGGAGAAGGAGGAGCGGCAAGACCAGGAGGUACUGGCUCUGCUGACUCAGCAGGCUGAGCGAGCUGAAGAGUCCACCAGGCAGCUUGAGGCAAACCUGCGGGAGAAGGAGUCCCAGUUGGCUCAAGCUCUGUCCACGUCCAGCGACUGGUGCCUCCGCCACUCUAAAGAGGCAGCCGCUAAAGGACAGCUGGAAGAGGACAUUUCUGCUCUCAAACUUCAGGUGACCGAGCUGAAGUCCCGGCUUCAUUCAGCGGAGGAGAGGAGUCGGGCGGAAAGGGAGGAGCUUAGGGAUCAGCUUCAUCACGUCAGCGCUGAAAAUGCCUCCACCAAGCUGGACAACCAAAGACUCAAGGGUCAGUUGACGUCAUCAGAGGAGAAGCUCAGCGGUGUGCAGUCUGAAGCCCGUCGGCUGAAAUCGUCCAUCAAAAAGUACGAAAACCUGGUGGAGAAAUACAAGAAGAAGGUCCAGCAGGCUCGUCUGGAAUCGGAGGAGUACUGCCUGAAGCUGGAGAUGACACAGAAGGAGGCACGAGAGGUGAGGGUGAGCCUGGAGACAGAGAAGGAGCAGGUGAGGCGGGAGUUGCUGGGCCGGCUCAGAGAGCUUGAGACACUGCCCGACAGAAUGAGGAGGACUGAACAGCAGCUCAGAGCCGCCCAGCAGGAGGCCGACGCCCAUGAAAGGAGGAACAUGGAGCACAACUCCACCCUCUCUGAAGUCAGACACAAGAUGGAACAGCAAGGCACUCAGCUGGAGACGUUUCAGCAGAGGAACCUGCUGCUGCACGAGGAGAACAACGUUCUCAAAGAGAAAAUUCACAACUUAGAGCGGCGGCUUGAGGACAUGAAGAUAGAAAACAAAGAGAUGUGUCAGGCUCUCUCCUUGAAGGAUGCCAGUGUCCGCAGCAUUCAGCAGCAGCUGGAGGAGAAGACCCUCGAGUGCAGCGUCCUGUCCAGGCAGCUUCAACAAACUCUGGACGACGCUCAGAUACAGGUGGACAACAGCAUGCAGAGGGUUUUAGCCAAAGAGAGAGUGUCUCAGUCUAAAGCCUUGGACCUGCAGAGCCAGCUGAGCCGAGCCAAAACAGAGCAGAGUCAGCUACAGCGAAGCAAGGAGGAGAUGGAGCGUCGUUUCCAGAGUCAGCUGCAGAACAUGAAGGACAGACUGGAGCAGUCAGACUCUACAAACCGCAGCCUGCACAACUAUGUUAAUUUUCUCAAAACCUCAUAUGGAAACGUGUUUGGUGACUCUUUGCUUGCAAGCUGACUGCAAAAUCCUCCAACCUGACCAGCAUUCAUCCAUUCCCAAAGCAUUGUAGUAGACCUAAAUGACAUUUAUUCACUACUACUUCUGACCUGAGAGUUUUAUAUGCUAUCUAUGAAAUUAAUAAACAACUUUUUAAAGGAAAUUCUUA